CUUUUUGCAAUUAAAGCAUAACACAUUCUUACCUUCAAUCACUAAGUAGCAUUAAACAGCAAUAAUGAGAUUCCUUGCGAUUGCAUUUGCUGUGAUAGCAGUUGUUCGUGCGGCUACGUUGCCGGCCGACUAUCUGCCCCCCGUUGUGGAUAACAGUUUGCCUGUGCAGGAAUAUUUAGCGCCAGUUGACGAGGCUGCACAAGAACAUACUGUGCUAGCCGAUGAUGGCUACCGUUAUAAGGCAGUACAUCGGCUUAAACUACGUCAUCGUCGUGAUGUAAAUGAACUACCGAAAAAUGAUUACCUGCCACCCGCGGAGGAAGUCCAGGAGAGCGCUGUGGAAGAAUCCGUUGAACCCUCUCCUGAGGCCAAAACCGAUUUGGCUGCAGAUGGUUACCGUUACAGGACUGUUCGUCGUCUAAAAUACCGCAAGCGCCGUGAUGUUGAUGAAGUACCACAAAACGAAUACCUCCCACCUACUGAAGAUGUUCAAGAAUCCGUUGUUGCUGAGGUUACUGAAGCCGCUGAGCCUGCUGCAGCGGAAGGAACUAAAUUGGCUGCUGAUGGUUACCGUUACAAAACAGUCCGUCGUUUGAAAUACCGCAAGCGCCGUGAUGUUGAUGAAGUACCACAAAACGAAUACCUCCCACCUACUGAAGAUGCUCAAGAAUCCGUUCUUGCCAAGGUUGCUGAACCGGUUGAGCCUGCUACAGAGGAAGGAACUGAAUUGGCUGCUGAUGGUUACCGUUACAAAACAGUUCGCCGUUUGAAAUACCGCAAGCGCCGUGAUGUUGAUGAAGUCCCGCAAAACGAAUACCUCCCACCUACUGAAGAUGCUCAAGAAUCCGUUCUUGCCAAGGUUGCUGAACCUGCUGAACCGGUUGAGUCUGCUGCUGAAGAAGGAACUGAAUUGGCUGCUGAAGGUUACCGUUACAAAACAGUCCGUCGUUUGAAAUACCGCAAACGCCGUGACGUUGAUGAAGUUCCACAAAACGAAUACCUCCCACCUACUGAAGAUGUUCAAGAAUCCGUUGUUGCUGAGGUUACUGAAGCCGCUGAGCCAUCUGAGCCUGCUACAGAGGAAGGAACUGAAUUGGCUGCUGAUGGUUACCGUUACAAAACAGUUCGCCGUUUGAAAUACCGCAAACGCCGUGACGUUGAUGAAGUUCCACAAAACGAGUACCUACCACCUGUUGAGGAAGCUCAAGAAACUGCUGUUACUGAUGUUUCUGAACCCGCUGAGCCAGCAGCUGAUGAUGCUACUGUCUUAGCUCAUGACGGUUACCGAUACAAAGUGGUGCGGCGUCUAAAAUACCGUCAUCGUCGUGAUGUGAAUGAACUGCCCGCUUAUGAGUACCUGCCACCAACUGAGGAAGACCAAAAAGUAGCGGAACAGCAACCAGAAAAAGAAUCAGCUGCGCUCGCUGAUGAUGGCUAUCGGUACAAAACUGUGCGCCGUUUGAAAUAUCGCCGCCAUUAGUUAGAUCAAUUGCAUUUUAAGAAACAUAGGAACAAAAAGCUAUUAUUCAUGUACAUAAAACAUAGAGGCAAAGGUAUACACAUAAGAUAUGAAGGAAACAACGAAGUAAAUCACAAAAAAUCAUAUAACAGAAGAAAAAAGUAAACGAAAAAUAAUUCAAAAUAAAA